AUGCGCGUGUUUAUUGUUACGUGCCUGCUGGGCCUUUCGUUGGCGGCGCCACAAGGAUACAAUUACCAGGCGGGGGGAAAUCUGCAGCUGCCCGGCAUACCCAGCAUACCCGGCUUAGCCGGGCUGCAACAGCAGGCGGCCAGCGUGGAUGAGCAGCGUCUCGUGCAGCAGGCGCUGCAGGCGCCCAAGGUGCAGCAGAUCUUCCAGCAACAGCCGCAGCAGCAGCAGCAGCAGCAGAUCUUCCAGCAGCAGGUCUCCAGCUUUGGCUACAAUCAACAGCCGCAGUCCUACAGUCCCGUCGUCUCCAAGGACAUCUAUGUGCACGUGCCGCCCGCCGAGGAGCCAGAGGAGCGCUAUCCACAGCCCGUGCUGCCCGUGGGCCCACCACGCAAACAUUAUCGCAUUGUGUUCAUUAAGGCGCCGACGCCCAGCGUGAGCAAGGCGGCCGUCCGGGUGCAGCAGGCGCCCGUCGAGGAGAAGACCAUCAUCUAUGUGCUGACCAAGAAGCCCGAUCCGCUCGAGCUGCAAACGGCCAUCGAGGAGGCGGCACCGAAGCCCAUCAGCAAACCGGAGGUGUUCUUUAUCAAAUACAAAACGCAGGAGGAAGCGGCGCAUGCGCAGCGCACCAUACAAGCUCAAUACGAUCAGCUGGGCGGCACCACGCAGGUUUCCGACGAGGGCGUGGCACCGGUCACAUCGGUUAUCGGUGCUCUGGAUAAUCAGGUGGGCACAGGUGCAGGGAUUGGUAGCACGGCAGGCCUCACGGGCGCCGUGCCUAGCAAAUAUUUGCCCGCACAUCUGCGUGCGUGA